AUGUUGUAUAGCUUGAAAAUUAUUUUAUCUCCUGAAAGUGAAAUUUAUCCAUAUUGGAAAGAUAUGUCUAUUCCAGUAUAUCUCAGGAUUUAUUUGUAUAAUAUUACAAAUCCUAUGGAGAUAGAAAAUGGAAUUAUACCAAAACUGGAACAAGUAGGACCAUAUACUUUCAGAGAGGAACGACACAAAAUAAACAUUAAAUGGAAUAAUAAUGGAACAGUAUCUUACCAACAAAUCAAAAGGUGGUACUUUGAAACCAGUAUGAGUAAUGGUUCAUUAAGUGAUUCUGUAUUUACAUUAAAUGCUCCAAUGAUAAUCUUAGUUUCAAUACUUCAACAAAAUAUGCCAGAAAUAGUGUUGAAAAUUCUAACAAAACUCUUAGAAACAUUAAAUAGUAAUUUGAUAAUUUCAAGAUCAGUUGAUGAAUUACUUUUUAUGGGUUAUGCAGAUGAUCUUUUGCAGUUACUAAAACAUCUGAAUUUAUAUCCUGAGAGAGAAUUUGGUUGGUUCUAUAAGAAAAAUAAUAGUGAUGAUGGGAUAUUUACUAUAUAUACUGGAAGUACAAAUAUAAAUUACAGGGGCAUGUUAGACAAAUGGAAUGGUGUAAUGCCUGAAGACAAUUUGAAACCCUCACAAGAUGAUGUAAUUUCUGUAUCUGGUAAAUGA